AUGGUUAUAGAGAGCCGUCAAAGACCCAGCCGCAUACAAGCAAUUUUAUUAAUCCUUUUUGCAUUAUGCCCAUUGCCAUGUAUAGCAUUCGGUCUCUACUAUUAUCACAAUGCAUGGCUGACUAUAAUUCUCUUCCACAUUGUGCUGGCUUCUCUUCCUCUAGCUUAUAAGGUAUUAUUUACUGAUGCCCAUCUCCUUGAUUAUACAGCAGGCGAGCUAAAAGAUCCAUUAAGAGAGUUACUGUACGGGCUUUGUGCCUCCACAGCGAUUGUUUUAUUUGUAAUGGGUCCCGUCACCUUUGUGUUCUUAAAAUAUAAGCCUUUCUUCCUCUGGAUUAUGGGGCUGGAAGGGAUGGUUUGCAAUGAUUUUGCUAUGGAUUGUGAAAACAUUUUAAAUCCUUUGCUCUUUGCUGUGUAUUUUUCUAUCGUCAAUCCGGGAAUUGAAGAAUGCUUCUGAAGGGUGUUUUUGGUAAAAAGUUUACCAGCAGACUAUAAGUGGAUUAUCUCAGCCCUGUAUGCGAAUUAUCACUUUGUAAGAGUUAUUUAGUUCGUUUGCAUAAGAUUUGUGGGAAUUUAUCAGUCGAUUUUAGGAUUUACCGUAACUUUUGCAGUUGGCAUAUUAAUGCAAGAACUGAAAGAAAGAUACGGACUAUUAACUGUUGUCUGUGGGCACAUGGCGUUUGAUUUGUGUGCUAUGGUAAGAGAUAUGUAGAUGGUUUGGGGUCUUAUAUUAUACUAA